GAGCUGUGCCGUUCAAACAGACACUCAUCAGCUGCUUCAGCUCUCACUCAAUCGCACCGCCACCCAGGAGCAGCCUGAUCUUGGCCCAGGCAGAGUUUGACCGCUAGGAAGCUCGACGAGGCAAAACCUCAAGCGUCAGCUGCAACCACAAACAUCGACGAACAUGUCGGAACAGUCAGGGCCAGCUCCACCAGAGCCGACGGCUGAGCAGCUAGCGUUUGCCGAUGCCAACUUUCAACCUGUAGCGCUAGGUUUGGAUCCCGAGUCCAACCAGCUCUCUUCUCCAACGCACGAUCUCACAGUCCUCAAUGCGCUCAUUCGCAGCCUACAAUCCCUACCUCCCCAGAUCCCCAUCCCGCCACCUCCCAACGUCGUUCCACCUCAACGAAGCAUGGCCAUUCAAAAGGCGAAAGAGGACGGCAAUGCAGCUUUCAAAAAGGGAGACUUGACAGAAGCUAUCAGAUUGUUCACUCUGGCCAUCGACGUUGCCGCUUCCAGGCCGCUGUGGGAGAAUAACCAAGUGGCGAGGGACGAGUUGGCAAUCUGCUUUGCGAACAGGAGCGCGGCCUUUGCGGAAGCCGGGGACUGGACCGCCGCUUUGGCAGAUGCAGAGGGUGUGGUGAAGCUCAAGAGACCUUGGAGCAAGGCUCAUUUCAGAAAGGGCAAAGCUUUGGCGGGCCUCAACAGGUAUGCAGAGGCCAGAGCAUCUUAUCGCUUGGGUCUCAGCUUUGAUCCGGACAGCGCAAGCACAAAUUCACAAAAUUGACACAAUCGAGAUGUGGUGAACGCCAAAAGGGGAAGGGAGUUUCCAGCAAAAUUCCGAAUGGACAAUGAGAUUGCACGACUUGCUGCGCGUGCAAAACUGAUACAGACGGAUAGCGGUUGUAUAUAGCGGGGCAGUGGCACACGCUCCCUACGCCACUGAAGCUCUUGUAGCACUCCGACGACCACGCGAGACAAUCAAAGACAUAUUCAGAGCUCGAUGUACUUGUCU